AUGAAUAUUUUCUGGAGUCAGCAGGUUCAAGCAGCAGAACAGUUUCAAAGCGAUUUCAAGAAUCACCCAUUACCUCUGGCUAGAAUUAAAAAGGUUAUGAAGAGCGAUCAGGAUGUCAAGAUGAUUAGUGCCGAGGCUCCGAUUCUUUUCUCUAAAGCCUGCGAGAUUUUUAUAUCCGAAAUCACAAUGCGCGCAUGGAUUCACGCUGAAGAGAACAAGCGCCGCACUCUCCAACGGAGUGAUGUUGCAUCGGCCGUGACUCGAUCUGAUCAGUUCGAUUUUCUUAUAGAUAUUGUACCUCGUGAAGAAGUGCCAAAGGUGGUGCGUAGGCCUAAGGAAGAGGUUGUUGGGCAACAGACGGAAGCGAUGUAUGACCAGAAUGUAUUGGCUUAUUAUCAGCCGCCUCCUGGUAUGCAAUAUACCUCCGAAGCAACUGCGUAUUAUCCGCAGCAGCAACGCAUAGAUGCACAGUCCAAUAAGCCUCAAGACAAGCCAAUACGUCAAGAUCAGAUGCCGUCAACGAAAGUUGCUUCUAUAGACGAUCAGCUGCACGAUGCUGCCGUUGUCGUGGCUGCCUUCACUGCAGCUACCCAACGACAAAAUGACUCGCAAGUUCGGCGAGACAAGAACGUGACUGGGAAGUAG